CACUGUCAACAAAAUCAUUUCAACUUUCUGUUCUGUUGAUUUCCCAAAUCCCAAUUUCGAUUUGAUAUUGAUUGCAAAUAAAUCAAAUUUCUGCAGCUAAAACGCAAUAUUAUGAAAUUUGAUAACACUUUAUCAAGGCUUGAAUAGUAUUCCUAAAAUAUAAAACUAUGGAAGACGUACUAGACGAAGUCGUCUCAUCGGAAGAUUUGCAAAAGUUCGAAAAAAUUUUUCACGAGCAACUGCAUCAGGGGAACGUUACGCACAAAGCGCAGUUCGAAUACGCCUGGUGCCUGGUACGAAGCAAAUACCCCACAGAUAUUAGGAAGGGUAUCCUUCUACUAAAAGAACUUUUCAAUUCACAUUCAGAAGGCAAGAGGGACUACUUGUUCUAUCUUGCUAUUGGAAACGCUAGGAUUAAGGAAUAUAACAAAGCUUUGCAUUAUGUCAAGUUGUUCCUGGAGAUUGAACCAGCCAACCAGCAAGUCUUGACUCUGGAGCGCCAGAUCAACAAGCGCAUGGAGAAGGAGGGCCUGAUCGGCAUGGCGGUGGCGGGCGGCGCCGUGCUGGCCAUCGGCGGGCUGGUGGGGCUCGGCAUCGCGCUCGCCUCCAGUAAGAAAUAGCAUUUGGCUUUCCUAGUGAACGCCCUUGUCGGUGUUCAUUACCUUCUGACUAAGAAGGACAAAAGGGACUAGCGGGUCUACCUUACUACACUGUUACACAAAAUACGAAUUUUCCACACGCGUACACUUAGGAUAUAACUACUUUGUACAAAAACUAAAUGUAAACGGCUUUUAGACGUGAUUAAUUUUAUUUUUUUCUUUCAGUAGAAACACGAUUAUAACAAACAGAUUGUAAAAUUAGUAAUGAGUUGUAAAAAAAAGAAUAAAAACCUCUCCAUGCGGAAACAAAAGCUAAUUUUUUUUAAUAGAAUAGUAAGUAUGGAUGGUCUAAAAGAAUAUGUGGCGCUCACAAUAAAAUAAGCUUUUUAUAUACCGGUAGGCUUGAAAGAAAACAUAAGAAUCUCUUUCUCUUUCGUUGCGAUGAGACGAAAGAGAGAGCUAUACAUAACCGUUAUAAAAUUUAAUUAUUGGUGGUCACCCCAGGUUAUGCAAUUUUUAAACCGAUACUAGUAUUGUUGUAAACCCCCGAAAGUCAUGAAAUUAUUAAUUACACUCUCGCCCAAAUUAUCAAUAGUCUCUUUUUUGAGUGUAUUUGCAGACAUUCAGUUUUCUUCCCCACUUUCAACCCUCAAGGGGUUUUAAACUGCUCAACCGAUUUUCGUCAUACAUGUCUAACCCACUCGCACACAAGUCAUCUUCCAUGCCAAAAAAACUAAUUUGAAAUGCCCAUUUCUGUUAAAAUUACACCUACACAAGUAUAUAUGUCUGUGUAAUCGAGUUUCUACGUUAUUUUAAAUAUAUUGUCUAUUUAUUAUCUAAGUAUAAAAUAUAGUUAUAUGAGAUAGAAAAUUAUUAAUAUGUAUAAUUUAUUAUUAUAGUUGUAGGCUUCAAUGUAGCUAAGAGCAAGCUGUGAUUAAAUGUAUUGCAGUUGUAAUUAAUUCCAUUUAAAUAAAAGUGAUUGGUUUUGUUUUUAAAUCUUUUUUUUUGUACUUCAUAACCUUUAAGAUAUUUUUAAGUAGUAGUUAAAAAGCUGAUAUAUCGUAAAAUAAGAUUGCAGAAGAUUA